AUGGCGGACAACGAAGCGCCUCAGGACGUCAAAGAAAACACUUCCAUAGACACUGCCCAACAAGAUGCUUCUCCAGGAGAUGAAGAUUGGGACAAGGCGCACAGCGAAGCCAACGCUGCAGACUCCGGUCCCAAGGGCGAAGGAGAUGACUCCAACUUUGGAAGCUUUGGACGCUCACAUGGUCGAGGACUUGCUCAGCUCAUGAGUCCGCAUGCCCUAAAAGGCAAGGAUAUCGUGUUGUCAGAAGAAGAGGAGAAAGAGCUGGCAUUGGAGCUCGGAAAAUGGAUCAAUGCAGACUCCAACCCAUAUGAAGCCGCGGAGGACCCGUAUUUCAAGAAUGAGGGUACCAACUAA